CAGCACAGUGAGAAACAUGGCGGCGUCCAUCUCAGAGCAACUCGCGGAUUUGUUGAACCCGCUGCCGAAUUUCGCAGACCCCGAGGACGACCAGGAUGACGAGACCAAGGCCAGAGUCAUAGACAAGUUUGAUGAAGGAGGUGAUGAUGAAGCUCUCCCAGCCAGUGGACUACGGAAGAGAACCGCUGUUUUACUGGCAGAUUCGGAUAAACGCUAUCGUGGCAAAGUGACGUCACGCAAGGAGCUGCAGCAGGAGUUUGAUGGCUCUGCCACUGAAGAUGAGGAGGAGGAUGACGAUGAAGAGGAGGAUGUUGAAGAUGAAGACGAUGACUUCAGUGAUGAUGAUGGUUUGCAGGUGUCCAGCUUGGUGUCCAAGAUGAAGGACACUGACCUGAACUUCCCUAAAGAGACAGACUUCUGUGAAGUCAUGGAAGGCAUGGACGACCUGGGAGAGGACGAGGAUGAAGGGGAGACCGAUGCUGAAGAAGAAAGCGAAGAAGACUCGGAAGAGCAAGAUGAUGAGGACAGUGACAACAAUGCCGACAACUCAGGAGGUGUGAUGACCUUCUCGAAGGAGAAGGUGGCUGAAGAGGUGGAGAAGGGCAAAGCAGUGAAGAAUCAGCUUGCUCUUUGGGACCUGAUGCUCAAAGGACGAAUUAAAAUGCAGAAAGCCCUUGUGACUGCCAAUCAGCUUCCUCAACCUGACACGUUCCCAGAGUUCAAGAGCAAAGGCGGGGCCGACUACGCCAGUGCACUGAAGAACAGCCACAAAGCUCUGAAGGCUCUCCAGAGAUCUUUAUUAGAGCUGCAGGACCUGCUGCUGUAUCAGAACCCAGAAACCAGAUCCAUCUCACAGGGGAAGACGUGGGGACAAGCCACCAGCAGCAAGUCAGAUGAUGAUGAUGAAGAGGUCGAUAGUGAUGAGGGUGAAAAGGAGGAAGACGGCGAUGAGGAAGAAAAGCGGCCCGUAAGUCGAAGCGGAGCAUCCAAGCGGAAGCUGGAGACAGCGCAGUAUCCAGACUUCAUGGCAAAGCGCUUCAGUGCCUUCCAGCCGUACCGCGACGCCACGCUGCAGAAAUGGUACGACAAGACACGGCUCACCACCGGCAAGAGCACCAAGGGCUUCGGGGCAUUUGAGCGGAACAUCCUGACGCAGGUGGAGCAGGUGCUGAUGGAUAAGGAGCGAUUGUUGAAGCGCACACAGACACGCAGGUCUGAUUACAGAGUGCUGGGGAAACCGGAGCUCAGCCCAGUCGCCACACAGUCCAGCAGCACAGAGCCUGAGACAGUCGAACCAGUGCUCAAAGCUAACGCACAUCUCAAAGAUCUGGACGAGGAGAUCUUCGACGAUGACGACUUUUAUCACCAGCUUCUUCGAGAGCUGAUCGAGCGUAAAACAAGUGCCGCUGAUCCUAAUGACCAAGUGGCCAUGGGCAGGCAGUGGCUGGCCAUCCAGAAGCUUCGCAGCAAGAUCAAGAAGAAAGUGGACACCAAGGCCAGUAAGGGCAGGAAAGUCAGAUUCCAUGUUCACAGUAAGCUGAUGAAUUUUAUGGCUCCUAUUGACCACAGUACCAUGAGUGAUGAAGCUCGGUCCGAGCUGUACCGAUCUCUGUUUGGAUCUCAGUGAUGAUGGUGAUGGAGGUGUAACUCACCGAGGCAUGAACUACAGUUGUGAGCAAGGAACUGAAGAAACGUCACAUUCGAGCCCUACGUUGGAUUUUCCGCUUUUUUUCCAUCAACGUGACUCACCAAGUCUCUCAGCCAGGCCCGUGUAAACGGGAUCGACGCGUCUCAUGGUCUUAACCAGAUCCUUCUUUCUAAACUUGAUCUCCACCGUCCCUUCCGGCUCCAACACGCCACCACUGCACAACGUAAUCAUUAUACAACUCCAGUUAAUGAGUAAGAAAUGUGUGUACAGUCAGACAAACUGAUAUAUAUAUUUGGGUUCAUACGAUAUAAUAAACAAACAACGCUCUUACCGACUGUCCUUGUCUGCGUACAUCUCCAUGUGGCGUGGGUUGAUUGUAGGGUCGAUGACUACCCAUGAUCCUCCACGGAGCUCGGCUUGAGGCGGGAUGUAGACCAGUACCGGCUGUCUGUACUCCCUCAGGCCAUCCACAAUGUACGCGCCGAACUUCAGCACCUGGUCGUACAUGUCUAGAGGCGAGAUGCGUUUUAUAAUAUAGCGUUGAGUUCUUAAUUCUGAUUGGUCAGAAAGUUUUCAUUAUUUCCUAUAACGGCAGCUCUGAGAGUUGUUCUCUCUUCAAAGCAAAUCACAGGAUUAUAUUAAUGAGCUUGUUCAUGGUUGGGGUGCUUAUGUGAUUUGUAUAAUCAACUUCAGGGUGUAAUUUUACUCCAUAGAACUCGAUCGUUAACCUACGGACCUUUCAUGCCACCAGAAAAGCCUCUCCAGUUGGCAAACACCAUGAGAGGGAGUCCCUCGCGGUUCAGGUCCUUAAUAGCCUGAGCGGUCUUAAACGCGGAGUCGGGGAACCACACCUGACCAGCCUGCUGGAUGAUCUAAAGCAGACAACAGACACACACUAUUUAUAGACAGAUAGAUAUCUAUAUAUAAAUAAAUAAUCACAGUGAGUCCGUAUGUAGCUGUGUGAGAGUCUGAGCGCGAGACUCACUUUGGCUUCCGAGUCCAGAUUAGCCGGAUCUGCUGGGAUGGACAGCUCGACUGUUCUAGUCUCCACGGCUACCACGCCGACUGGGAUACCUCCCAACCUGCAAACAAACAUCGCAUAAACACUCAUGUUGUUAAUAAUAUUUGCUUAUGCAUCAAUAUGAAAAUAGCUGUCAGUGAAACCACUUGUGGUUGCUGUAUGCUGUUAGAGGAAAAAUAAUCAGCGACUGAGUAGAAAUCGUCAGAGAUUUUUCCAAUCAUGUCAAGGACAUAGUCGCUCAUCUGGCCUGCCACCAAAACAACCAUGACUACCAAGGACCAACCUCCGCGACAAAUUGUUUACAAGAGGAAAAUCAAACAAAUAAAUUAAAUUUUGUUCCCCGAGGGAAGAUCGACCCAAAACAUCGAUCAGAACUGAAAUCGGGUGAGAACUGAGACGCCUGGAAAGUUGACAAAUUAAUGACCAAGUUUUGUACAGAGUGGCGAGUUCUUUCAAAUAUAACAACUGGAACGGAAAUCCAUGAAGAACUGACAGAGGAGAUACGAUUUAAAGGUCCCAUGGCAUCGUUUUUUCAUUAAUUGUGCGGUGGUCUUUAGUAUGAAUGCCUGCCCUGUGAGCCGGUUUUGGUGAAAAAAAUGCUGUGGUUCUCCUGUUUCAGGCUGUUCUAGUUUGGUGGAGGAGCGGGUGGCGGGAGAGCGACAGGAUUUCAGCUCUUAUCAUUAAUAUUCAUGACAUGUAAACGUAUUACCUCUGAUUGGCUAACAGCACUGUGAUGCUACCUCCAGUGGGUCAGAACAAGCGGAUGUGGGUGUCUUACUAUGGCGAGAGAGAAGGAACAAACCGCGAAGGGAAAAAUACCGCGCGCUGACGUCAUUAAGGUGCGACGCGAGGAAAUAAAAUAAAUUCAACAAAUGUUUGGGUUUUUACUGAACAAACAAACAAAUAAAAUGAACGAGUGACUUAAAAAAAAAAAGAAUGUGGGUGUCUUUGUAAAAACUGUUUUGAUUGGCUAUUAUAACAGAGCAUGCUGCAUGCUCUUUGGUUUUGUAGCGCAGAGUACCUGGCUAACUGCAGGAAGCGGUUAGCUGCACAGCUAAUGUAGCCAUUGCAAGGCUAACGUGGCACCGAUUUUAAAACACGGCAAAACGACUCAACAGUUAUACACUUACUUGUUCGGUGUUUGUGGCUGAUGCGGCAGGGAUGCUUGGUACGGACCCAGGCUUCAGUGACAGUUGAUGUGCAAAACCUGCCCUGUAUUGUCCCAAGUUGUGGAAACAUUCAUCAGGAAAAUGCUUCCGACAAACAUACACCGUCUUAGGUAGACUCGACGGCGUAUUAUUGGAGUAAAUAAAAUUAAGCCACUGCGUCUUCAGGGGCUCUCCCGUCGGCAGUAAAAACGGACUCCUUUCUGUGUUGUCACGUCCAUGUACAGCGCAAUUUCCAUGUUUGGUGGCAACUUUUGAGCUGAGCGGGCAAUCCAUACAGUGGGUGGGAAUCAUCUCCCUUGCUGACGUAGUAAAGGGAAGAACCUAUCAACGUGCCAUUUUGACGCGCCAUUCUCAAAUGUUGACAAAUGUUGGGCAUAGUUUGGUUUACACAUUGAAAUUUCUAGCCACUGGGGUGACUUAAGAAGGUCAGAGGAACUCAUUUUAACGUUAAAAAACCUCAGAAAGUGAAAAUUUCAUGCCAUGGGACCUUUAACUAAAUUGUGGACGACGGACACCAUUCUAUGGCAAUAGUUCAUCGGCCUUAUGGCCAGAUGAGGUAAUAACAGCACGUCUUGAAGUGUUUUAUUCAUUUUACACCACAACCAUUAGCCAACAUUUACGACUCUAUAUGUACUAAACACCACAGUACUUUUCAUUUCAAGUUAUUUCCGGUUCCAACUUAUGUUAUAGCAGCUAUAAACAGUAGUUUCAUCACCAGCUUUUAUACUUCCCUUCUGUUUCCAAGGUAAUAAAGGGAAAACUUGAAGACAUUCUCCUGGUGGCAAACUGUUAAAAAGAGCUGACACUGGAGACUCAUUUUGUAAAUCUCACCGUACAGGGGAAAAAAAAAAAAAGUGUUGAGAAAUAUAAUUAGAAACAUUUAUAGUAGUCUUCCUAUGACUGGAUAAAAUCUGCUUUAAAAAAAAAAAAAAAAACUGGAGCUGCCUCAGGUGAAGAACUAAUGAUUUCCAUGAAAAGCUUUUCAAGUGAGAGCUGGUACGUUUCUGGACAAACGCUCUAGCUGGGAGGUACCGAGGUCAGAGAGGUCAGAGGAGGGUUAGCUUUGAAGGAAAGCUUAACCAUGAAGAAGGUGCCUUUGAUUUCUAGUGUAAUGGAAAUAGAAAAUAAAUAAAACGAUGGCAAUACAGGAUGUGUCUGUUGAGAAUAUCUAAAUGUAUUUCUAUAUAAUGUUGAUGUGCAGGAGCUCACCUGGCUCUGCCCACAACCACACUCUGUGCCCACGGCUGCAUCAUCUCCAUAAACGAGCCGUAGUCAAAGAAACCAUUCACCCAUGCUCCUUUAGGGUCUGAGAGAGAGAGAGAAAGCAGAAAAAGAGCAGACAGAAAGCAGAGUGAGAGAAAGAAAGAGCAAACAGAAAGCAGAGCGAGAGCAGACACAACAGAGAGAAAAAGACAGACAGACAGAAUAAGCAGAGUAAGAGAGCAGAGAGAAGUGGAAGACGAACAGGGAGAUAGAAAAACAGACAGCGAGAGGGACAUAUAAACAAAGAGCGAGAGAGAAGCAGACAUAAAGAGAGACGUUUCUGUAAAUCAUGUAUUGCCACAUUUAUAAAUGUUACAUUUCCUCCUGUAAUAUAAAAAUCUCAUUCACUGUAUUAGUAAAUGAUUUAAAAUGUAAAA